AUGAGGCGCGCUAUUCUGGGGUUUCGACCAUACGCGCACAGGGUGCGCACGUUGAUAACUCAAGCGAUACGUGUGGACCAAAUUUUUCAUCAAAUCCCUCCUGCCCCACCGCCAUCCUUGUUGUCUUCUUCAACAGCUUUUCCGUUUCCACCCAGUCCACCGACUUCUUGUACACAUUGGGAAGAGGGCGAAAUAGCUCAUCGAAAGUUUUUCGAAUGUCUGCGAUCCCUUCAUGAUGGUGUGUCGUAUAAUCGGAAACGACGCGUCGAAUGGCCAGUAGAAUCCGCGAACCCGUCAAGUCUCUCACCGGCAGAUUACAUGCAAGCUCUCAUAUCCCCUGUUACAAGGAUAUUUGACCAGCUCCACGACUCCGACUUGUUUGUACGGCAGAAAGAUCUCAUAGGGUGUACUAAAGUUGACCUCGGAAAUUCCAUCGUCGGGGUUACUUUUACUGCCCAGGAAUACAAGGAGUGGAAUCUUUCUCCUCCGUACAUUUUGUUUGUGCCGGAUGAGCUGUUUGAACCUGAUGGACGCACAUGCUCCCCCGGAGUCGAACUCGCACUGUCAAAAAUCUCAAAUGCCGCACCUUCCGUCGUCGUAACAAAUUUCAAAGAAAUUACCGUCUUCUUUACGAAACAAGGAGGUUACAGACCUACAGGCAAAGAUGUCUUUAUCAAAGUGCCGACAUCCCAGAUUCCAGCGACGUUAAGAAUUUUAUCGACGGCUUGCCUGCUUGACUCAUUACCACCGCUUGGAUUUAUCAAACGGCCAGAUUUAUUGACGUUGAUGAUGAAAAGGAAAAAUGACUCCAUUUUACUUAUGGGACCGCCUCAAAACCCUGACGAACCUCUGCAACCCGAUGAGCACUUGUUUGCUACCUGUCGUCGGAAUUCUGACUUUGAUCACGUUACGUUGAUACGAGAUCGUAAUAGGGCGCUUCAAUUUUUUCGAUGGAAUAAACAUAUGCUGCAACGUAAAUCCGAACUGGUUGCUCAAGCUAACAGCACCUUGCAUGGGAUCACAAACCAACGUUUCGAUUCAGAUGUAGAGAUUCCGCCCCACGUGUAUCCAUUCGAUCCAUCAGAGAUACCCUUGGACACUAAAAAUCACCUCCAAAUGAUUCACCGCGAGUCGCCAUUGUCUCCAGGCGGGCUUGACAAGGCAUUGGCACAAAGCAAAUCGUUUACACUUCACAUUCACGACAUGAUAGCGGAAGGAGCGAAGAAGGGAUUUUGUACUGUCUACCGCUGCCAGCUUGCCUCGAUCGAUGGGCGCCCUGUGUCCGCCUCCCAUGUACUGUGUUUGAAACUUUUUGACGACCGAUUCCAAGAUUUACAUGACUCGAUCAACGAUAAAGACCCCAUCCCAGUGUGGUUCAAUACGGUGUUCAAUGCCGAGGAAUGCGCUGAUAUCGAGAUGUGGGCCUACGACAAACUUCGCUCUGUACAGGGAACGGUUAUUCCUUGGUUCUAUGGACAACAUCAGUUUACGCUACCUGAUGGCACGGCCGUUCAAGGAUUACUCAUGGAAUAUAUUGACGGAUACAACCUCGACUCUAAACGCGCCAGCGAGUUGAGUCCUGCGCAACAGAUUCAAGUUAUCCAAAGUUGUCGCCAUGCAGUCCGUAUUCUAGACAUUGGGGAUAUAUCGCAAACAGAUUGGCACGCUGGCCAGCUCUUGCUGUACUCGCAUCCAACUGCGCAAGUAGAAUGUGCCGUGCUCAUCGACUUCGCCAUGACAAUUCAAACAAUGCACCCGGAUUACGUCAAUUUAUUUCAAAAUUGCUCCAGAAUGAUGGACGUACUAUUGCUUGCUGGACCACGCGAUGGAGGGCUUGACCCAGAUUUGAUUUUCGAGCACUACGACGAUCCUGACAAGUGGGAUCCUACAACUGCAUCAGUCUCGGACAAGAAAGGGCGCAGAAAAUGGAUCGAGUACAGAGGAACUCUGUUCCCUUUCAUAAAUCUUACACCACCUGAACCCAUACCGCUCUUUCCAUAG